AUGAAUACUACUCUCACUGAUGACGAGUCUAGUUCAGACAAUCAGAGUGAGAAAUCCACCCGUGAAGAGAGUGGAAAAUAUGUGGCCUUCGUUGCAAGGGGUAAAAGUGGAUCCGAACAGGGGAGUGAUAGGAAAGAGGACCUAGAUAGUAGUGAAGAAUCUAGUGAUGAGAGUGGAAGUGAGCAAGACCUAGAAAUAGCCUAUGAUAGGAUGUAUGAGGAAAGCCUCAAGAUCUUAGCCACUAACCAAGCAAUGAAUAAGAAAGUGAAGGAGCUUAGACUAGAGAAGGAACAGUUAGAGGCUCAGGUUAGUGAUCUCACCAGUAAGAAUGAGAUGUCCUCUAGGAGAGUAAGUGAGUUGACUAUUGUGAAUGAGACCUUAGCUAUUCAUGUUAAACACCUUGAGAGUGAACUAGAGUUGUCUAGGUCUCAGUUACUUGCCUUUCCUAGCAGUUCUAAAAAGCUAGAUAAUAUUCUAGGUAUAGGCAAGCCGGCUGGUGAUAGGGGAGGUCUAGGUUUUGAUCUGAAUGCUACUAGUACAUCACAGACCACCUUUGUUCAUGCUACUGACCAACCAAACAUUGUGACUAAUCCCAUACCAAAUGUUGUGGGAACUCCAGGAUCUAGGUCUUCCAGACGUCGUAGGACCCAUCGGCCUAGGAAUAGAAAUCAGCGUAAGCAUAUCAUAGGUCCUAGGUUUGCCCCUACAUGUUUUCACUGUAGGGAGUUAAGUCACAUCCGCCCUAGAUGUCACCAGUACCUGAACAAUAGGAAAGACUUGAGCCUGAAAAGGAAUAAAUAUCAGGUGUCUAUUGGUCAAAUUGGAUUCCUUGCUAAUCAAGUGAAUCGUUUGACUCAAUUGGUGACACAGCUGUCUGGAAACAAUCCUCGUUCUGAACAGGUUUGGAUGAAGAAAAGUGAUCUCCCAAAUUUGGUUAGAGAUUGCCGUGCUCUUAAAGGAAAGAGCAUUUAUAUACCUACUUGA